AUGUUUUCACGUAGAAGAUUAACGACUGGAAAAAAUGAAAUGGAACGAACGGCUAGUUAUCAUGAUUUAUCAUUACAUGAAAAUGAUCUAAUUAUUAUUAGUUUUCAUCAUAUAGCAUUUGAUAAUAGUUCCCUUAAACCAUUUAUCAAAGCAUUUCAACAAGCUUGCUGGACCAGUCGAAAUCAACAAUCAGCACCACCGACAUUACAAUAUAUUGACUUUGCAUUAUAUGAACAAAGAUUGUUAGCUGAUAGAAAUAGUGAUUCAAAGAUGAAUAGAGCACAUCGAUAUUGGACUAAUCUGCUGAAUGGAUAUGAUUGGAACAAAAUAUGCCGCUACGUACCUAACGAAAAUAGAACUGAGCAAAAUGCAUCGGGACGUAGCUAUUCAAGUAGAUUUUCUUUUGAUCAAAGCAUUGUUGAUGAAAUGAUUUUAUUUACUUCAACAAACAAUAUAAUCAUGUUCUCGUUAUGUCUUGCUUGUUACUACAUAUUGUUACUAAAAUUAACUGGAGAUAAUGAUUUGUGUAUAUCGGGUGUUAUGGCUAAUCGAUUUAAAGAAGAAAUGAUAAAUCUUAUUGGCAUGUUUGUUAAUAUUUUACCAUAUAGAAUAAAUGUGGAACCAAAAUAUUCAUUUGGUGAUUUCGUACAAAAAAUACACAAAUUAAGUAACGACAUUUUAGAACAUGCUUGUUUACCGUAUCAAUAUAUAGUUAAUUCACAUAACGAACAAACACAACAAAUUUUUCCAUCAUCAUUAUUUCAAUACGAAUCCUUAGUCUCAUCAUUAACAGCAAAAAACAAUUUAGAGUGUACAGUAGAUGAUGGUGAUGUUGCUGUUCUCGAAGCGUAUUUUGAUCGAGAUAGAUCACAUGGGAAUGGAGUAGUAGCAUUUGAUGUUGGAGUUGGUUAUCCGCGGAGUUGCUCAUCUCUGAUCAUAGAUGAAAUAUCAAUGGUUGGUUUUACCAUGUUUCAACAAGUCGAUGCACGUUUGCAACCAGAGAUGUGCGGUCCACGGGGAUUGACCCGCGGGGACCGCGGGGCCACGUGGUACGGGCGGGGCGGGUGUGAAAAUUUUUAA